AUGCACCCUCCACUGCGCAUCGCCGUCCUGGAAUGCGACACCCCCGUGGACGCAGUAAAAGCACAAUAUGGAACAUACGGCGAUAUAUUCAAGCGGCUCUUGAAAAGCAGUGCCGCAGCCCUGGGAAGCCUCAACUUCGAAUCCGACCUGAUGAUUACGGGUUGGGAUAUCGUGGAUGGCACAGAAUACCCGAGCCUUGACGAGAUCGACGCCAUCUUGCUGACCGGAUCCAAACACGACGCUUUCGCCGAUAUACCCUGGAUCAACACCCUCGUCGAAUACACGAAGAAAGCGUAUGCUCACGAUCGAGUGCGUAUCAUCGGAGUGUGUUUUGGCCAUCAGAUCCUCGGCAGAGCCCUCGGUGCGCCAGUCGGACGAAGUGAUCUAGGAUGGGAACUCUCCGUGUGCGAUGUCGAUCUGACAGAGAAGGGCAAAGAGCUUUUCGGAAAGGACAAGCUGAAGAUACACCAGAUGCACAAGGAUAUUGUGUCGGCAUAUCCCAAGGAGGUCGUCGCGCUUGGCUCCUCGCCUCGCUGUGCCGUUCAGGGCAUGUACGCCGCGCGAAAGCUGAUUGCCGUCCAAGGGCACCCGGAGUUUAAUGGCGAGAUUGUGUCGACAAUAAUCACGCUUCGCAGUGAAGCCGGGGUCUUCUCCAAGGAAGCGUCCGAGGACGCAAUCGCAAGGGCACAAAUUCCACAUGAUGGCGUUAGCAUUGGGGCUGCUUUUCUGAGAUUUCUGCUUGAAGAGUGA